AUGGCGGCGCUGGUAUGGAGAGGCGUUCGGGACUGGCUGAGGCGUAUGGACUUCGCGGCGGUCCCACGAAGGCACCGACACAAAAAGAAAUGGGCCGCCACAGAACCUAAAUUUCCUGCCACUCGACUGGCUUUGCAGAACUUUGACAUGACCUAUAGUGUGCAGUUUGGAGAUCUUUGGCCAUCAAUCCGAGUCAGUCUCCUUUCAGAGCAGAAGUAUGGUGCACUGGUCAAUAACUUUGCUGCCUGGGACCGUGUGAGUGCUGAGCUAGAGCAGCUGAAUGCUAGGGAUUUUGUGAAGGAAGCCAUGGCCUGUGGGGAACCGGAGCCGGAGGGUGGCCAAAUUGCAGCUCCAUCCUCAGCUUCUUGGGCCUACAGCCCAAACCUUCGCUGUUUUACUUUCGCCAGAGGGGAUAUCAGCCGUUUUCCUCGUGCCAGGCUUGGCAGCCUGGGUGUCAUGGACUACUACCUGAUGGAUGCGGCCUCCUUGCUGCCUGUUUUGGCUCUUGGCCUCCAACCUGGUGACAUUGUACUUGACUUAUGUGCGGCCCCAGGAGGAAAGACACUAGCAUUGCUUCAGACUGGUUGUUGCCGUAAUCUUGCUGCCAAUGAUCUCUCUACUUCCCGAACAAGCAGACUACGGACGAUCCUCAAAAACUAUGUGCCUCAAGAUUUCAGGGAUAAGAAUCGAGUUCGAGUUACUUCAUGGGAUGGCAGGAAGUGGGGAGAGCUAGAAGGGGACACAUAUGACCGGGUGCUGGUGGAUGUGCCCUGUACCACAGAUCGCCACUCUCUCUUUGAGGAGGAGAACAACAUCUUUCAGAGGUCGAGGAAGAAUGAGCGGCAGAUGCUGCCUAUGCUGCAAGUGCAGCUUCUUGCGGCUGGACUGCUUGCCACCAAACCAGGAGGCCAUGUUGUCUAUUCAACCUGCUCACUCUCACAUUUACAGAACGAAUAUGUAGUUCAAGGAGCCAUUGAGCUUUUGGCUAAUCAAUACAGCAUCGAGGUUCAGGUGGCAGACUUGACCCCCCUCCGAAAGGUUUUCUCGGACACGUUCUUUUUCUUCCCAUCCUGCCAAGUUGGUGAGCUGGUCAUUCCAAACCUCCUGGCCAAUUUUGGGCCUAUGUACUUUUGUAAAAUGUGUAGGCUGACAUAAUAUUGCCUUUGGAAACAGGAAGAUGGAAGUUGUAUUCAUCUGGAUGCUCCAGAAACUGAGACCACACACACUGGAUCCUAACUCCUUUAUGAUCAAGUCUUUCUUAGAUAGUUUUCAGCAGUAAAAAGUAGGCAUUUUUCUGUCAUGCUGUCCCAGUUGUGGCACAUGAGCAGGUUUCCAACUCACUCUCCAUUUCCAAGACUGCUCUGAAGAUUCCUGCCUGAUAAGGAGCUUACGAAGAUGAGUCACAUAGCAGCCACAUAUGCUGAACUGUAAAAAUUGGGAAGAAGAAUUUGGCCAACAGAAUUGUUUAUGCUCCCUAGAACCGGGGCAACAGUUGGGAACUUCAUGUUAACCAAAUACUGUUCCAUUUGGACUUGCUACUGCCACUAAAUGCCAUGGUUCCCAGAGCCCAGGGUCAGCCUUGAUUUCAGCUCCGCCCACACGUGAAUUCUAUCUGUAUCAUGUCUUAAGCAACUGAUAGACCCAAACAAAUCUACCUAGUCUCUCCAUAUGGCUUAUGAGCUAAAUUAAGGAAUAAGUAAAGCUGUUAAGCCAAUGCAUAACGAUCUGCUGACUUACAUCAAGAAAGUUCUUCUGGGCCAAAUCAUUCCUCUUGUUGUUGGGAACUAAACCUGGCUAGGGAAACUCCUCUGCCUCAAGUCAGUGAGUCUCUUUUGUGUAUUGAGUCCCUUGUUCAUUCUUCCAGCAAGUAUUCCUGAGGGAGCCUGGCGGGGAGCCAGAGAGCCUCUGGAGAGCAUGUGUUGGGAUUGUGGGAAAAACGAGGCUGCCUCAGCUUUCGCAUUGUAGCUCUCCUGUUUGCUUUCUUAGCACCUGGAAAUCUUGUAACAUCUUGUUUUACUAUAGUCUAUUAUUUGUUUUAUUUAAAACAAACAAAAGAAAGGCAAGAAAAAUCAAAGCUAUUAUUGAACUCUGGCACCAAUUCUUUGGCUUCUAAAUUAUGCAGUUUAUCUCCAGCAUCUGAAGUCUCAACUCACAAGGAUGUGUGUGGGUGCAGCACUAUAUAAUCUUUACUGACAGUGCUAGUCAUGUUAAUUUUGGUAACUGUAGCACAAAGAAGGUGGUCUUCUGCUGGCAGGGAUAUUAAAGAUUGCUUGACCACUUGA